AUGGCGCUAAAAAGGUAUGAAGAUAUCAAACGAUAUUUGCACUUUAUAAACAACGAAGACAUUUCACCAGAGAACAAAGAUUCGUUUAUCAAAGUACGGCCAUACCUGGAUGCCCUUUUAGAGACAUUUGCCACGUCAUGUACUCCAACUGAAUAUAUGGCUAUAGACGAGAUGAUUAUUCCAUUCAAAAGUAGAAGCAAAAAUAAAGAAUAUAUAAUGUCAAAACCAAAAAAAUGGGGAUUCAAAGUUUGGCUGAGAGCGUCUGCUGAUGGUAAUGUCUCUAAAUUUGAAAUAUAUUUGCGUCUGUCUGGGGUGAAAAUAGUUAACUCAUUUUCCUUCGAAGCUAUUUCCACAACAAAAUUUGCAAGUUUCACACCGGCACCGAAUUCAGAAUCAGACAACGACCUCGAUAAAUAG